UCCUCCCCAAAAGAGUUUAAAUGUCAGCAGCCCCCAGCUCUUCACACUCAGACCUCACAGGAGACACAACAACAUGAAGUCUGUGGCUGCCCUCCUCCUUGUGGGGAUGCUCAUCCUCUGGACAGAUCUGCCAGCAGGCAACGCUUGGAACUGCCCGGUUGUCCUGAUUACCUGUGCAAUGGCCAACCCCCCGAAUCGGUGCUACAUCGACCAGCAGUGCCCACGGUCCAAGAAGUGCUGCGACACCUUCUGCGGGAGGAAAUGCAUCUCUCGCCCAUCUUCUAUCCCGACCUUCCACGUGUGAGCUCCAGCUCCCAGGAUGGGCCAAGGGUGUUUGCAGCAUCCCUGUGUUACCUCUGGCACCAGCUGGCCGCUCAGACCUCUGCUAAGGAGUGCCCUGCCCCACGCCAGGUCCCAGGAGGAUGGGGACAGCACGAGCCCACACUUCGCUGCAUUCUGCAUCUGUCUUGGCUUCUGGACUGCCUCACUGCCAGCUGCUGUGCGCUGCCUUCUUGUCCCUAUGCUGUCUCCCUUGGCUCCCUCACUGCUGGUAUAACUAAUAAAGGAGCUUGUCCCAGGA